AUGAAACGUGAGCUUGGGCGUCCUCAGAAAAAAGGUGGUAAUGCUAAGAACGCACGAUAUGCUCCUACCAUUGUAACCGAUAUUGACCAACUUGGAGAUCUUUUGGCUACUUCUAUCAACACCGAAGAGUUUGCUUGCUUUAUCGCUACUGAUUCUGAGUCCGAUAGGGAUAAUGAUGAAGACUCUAUGUCGGAAUUUGACUAUAUGGAAAAAUUGAGGCCUGGUAAUAAAAAGAAAGGAAGACCCAAAAAACGUGCUAAAUCCUCUGAUUUUUGUGAUGAGGAUGCAACCGAGACCGUUGUUACUAGAACAGAUUUAUUAGAAUCAGUUAGUCCUGGUCUGAAAGAUGGAGCGAUCUACACGAUUGAGUUUCGAAAACGGGGACUACCUCAUGCACACAUCGUUCUUUUUUUAGAGGCUGGUCACAAGCUACCAACUGGUGAUGACAUUGAUAAGAUAAUAUGUGCUGAGAUUCCUGACAAGGAUACUGAUCCAGCGUUGUAUGAGAUAGUAGGAGAUGUCAUGAUGCAUGGACCAUGUGGUGCUUUGAAUAAGGAUAGUGUUUGCAUGGCUGAAGGAAAAUGUACAAAGUAUUUUCCAAAACCUUACAAUCCGAUCACUAAAAUAGAUGAUGUUGGAUAUCCUAUAUACAGGCGACGUAAUGACAAGAAAGUUAUCGUUAAAAAGGGUUGUGGUGCUGACUACAUUCGUGCAACUAUCAAGAAUGAUGAUAAAGAAAACGAGAUUAAGAAACACUUCAACUGUAGGUAUGUAGCACCUUCGGAGUCCACGUGGAGAAUUUUCGGUAAUUACACUCACCAUCGCACGGUUUCUGUAGUUAAACUACCCUUUCAUUUACCGAACCAGCAAAUGGUCAUAUACAACGAGGAUGAUCCAGGUGAUGAGGUUAUUAAUCGUGUCUCAGAUGGUACGUCAAAAUUCAUUGCUUGGAUGGAGUGCAACGAUAAGUAUGAACUGGCGAGGACGUUGACUUAUGCGCAACUUCCUACGAGAUUUGUGUGGAAUAACCCAAACAGGAUAUGGACGCCACGAUCAAGGAGAGUUGCUCUUGGUAGAAUCACGUACGUACCCAUUGGGGCAGGUGAAGCGUAUUAUUUAAGGCUUCUGCUUAAUUUAGUCAAAGGACCACGUGGUUUUGACGAUAUAAAAACGGUUAACAAAGUUCUACAUUCUUCGUUCAAAGACGUUUGCUAUGCGUAUGGAUUAUUGAAUGAUGACAAAGAGUAUAUUGAGGCCAUCAAUGAGGGCGGAUUGUGGCUUUCUGCCAAUUAUCUCCGUCGUCUUUUUGUGAUCUUGCUCACUACUCAAAGUAUAUCCAUUCCUUCUAGAGUUUGGGAUGCUACAUGGCAGGUAUUAUCAGAUGACAUCAUAUAUAAUUACAGAAAGGCUGCCAGGGAUCAAACUGUUAGUCUAUCUCAGGAGCAAGUUAAAGACUUUACUCUGGUCGAAAUAGAACUUCUUUUACGUGUAAGUGGGAGAUCCUUAAAAGAAUUCACACAUAUGCCAUUUCCUGAAGAUAUUACUCUGGAGUCACGUGAUAAUCCUCUUAUUCGGGAUGAGAGGAAUUACAAUCGCGAAACUCUUAGAGUAAGAAACGAGCAGAUGUUAGCCACUGUAACCAGCGAACAGAGAAGUGUUUAUGAUGAGAUACUAGAAGCAGUAAAUAAGAACAAAGGAGGUAUGUUCUUUGUUUAUGGUUUUGGAGGUACUGGUAAAACUUAUUUGUGGAGUCUAUUAGGAUCUGCUCUACGUUCCCAAGGUGAUGUUGUUCUUAAGGUUGCAUCGAGCGGGAUUGCUUCGUUGUUAUUAGAAGGAGGCCGAACUGCGCAUUCAAGAUUUGUAAUCCCUAUUGUGGUUAAUACGUUUACCUUCUGUUCAAUCAAGAAGGAGUCGAAUCUUGCCGACCUGAUAAGGAUUGCUAAACUCAUUAUAUGGGACGAGGCGUUGAUGAUGAGUAAAGACUGUUUCGAGAUUCUAGAUAGAACGAUGCGUGAUAUAUUAGAAAUUGAUAAGCGCUUUGGUGACAAGGUCAUUGUUUUAGAAGGGGAUUUUAGGCAAAUAUUGCCAGUGAUUCCAAAUGCCGGGAAGACAGAGAUACUUAUGGCCACUUUGAAUUCGUCACCUCUGUGGUACAAAUGUAGAGUGUUGAGACUUACACAGAACAUGCAACUUAUAGCUGGAGAUAAUAGCCGUGCGAUGCUUGAACGAGCUGCCUUUACAAAGUGGAUCUUAGACAUUGGUGAUGGUACGAUAAAUGACGAUGGAAGUGGUGAAGCCGUAAUUGAUAUUCCUGAUGAUCUGUUGAUUAAAGACUGUAAAGAUCCUAUAAAAACGAUCGUCAAAGAAAUUUAUGGGAGUUCGUUUGCGAAAGAGACUGAUCCUAAAUUUUUCCAAGACCGUGCCAUACUGAGUCUAAGAAACGAUGAUGUAGAUACGAUAAAUGAUUACAUGCUUUCAAAUAUCAAGAUGUCUGGUUUCCCUAAUCAUGUCCUGAAGUUGAGAGAGGGUACUCCUGUAAUGCUUCUAAGAAAUAUCGGCCCUAAGAAUGAGUUGUGUAAUGGCACAAGACUCAUCAUUACUAAGAUGGCUAAUUAUGUUCUCCAGGCUCAGAUAAUAACAGGUAGCAAGGUUGGUGAAAAAUUACUGAUUCCUAGGAUAUUCCUCUCUCCUUCGGAGAUGAAACUUCCUUUCAGGAUGAGACACAAGCAGUUUCCUAUCACAUUAGCUUUUGCAAUGACUAUAAACAAAAGCCAAGGACAGACACUCGAAAAGGUUGGUUUGUAUCUUCCAAGACCGGUUUUUACUCAUGGGCAACUCUAUGUCGCUGUAUCGAGGGUUACAUCCAGAGAAGGUUUGAAGAUAUUGAUCACCGAUAAAGACAACAAACCACAAAACAAAACAUUGAAUGUCGUCUACAAGGAGGUUUUUGACAAGAUAUGA